AUGUUGAUCAAAAUUGUUCUCCUCUCUUUUCUCGCAAAAACUUGUUCAUUUCACGGCGGAAUCAAAUAUCUAUUUGCGGACGUUGAUUUGCAUACAACCGCAGUCUGUCAAAUUGUGAAUUCCUCAUGGUGUGUGGAAGUUUUUUAUCUUGAAGAGGAUACAAGCAGGUAACGAAAAAACUGAAUCUGAAAAUCUCUUUGUUUUUUUUUGAAGUUAUGAAGGCGUUGGAUAUAUUUUCCGAUGUUUUUCUCCGAAUUAUACACCAAGAUUCAAUUCUUCCAAUACAUUUUAUGGGGAUGGAUUUUUCAAUGGUGUAAGAUACUUUAUUUUUUCACAUAACAUUUUUUUUUCUUUCACACAAUCAGAAUUUGGAAAUAGUUGUUGGCUAUCGUCAUAAUUGUACAUCCGAUGGUUCUAUCCGGGAAUACGUGGCUUUACAAGAAGAUGUAAGCGUUUACGCAGGGUGAGUCAAACUGUUCACCUAUGUAUGUACAUUUGAAAGAUAUUUUCAGAGAACAGAAAAUUGAAAAAAUCACAAUUUUGAAUGAUGAAGGAGAAGUUGGAAGUAAUUGGAACAAAGAUUAUUUCAAAGGAUUGAAAAUAAUUCAUUGGAAAACUUCUUUGUCAAUAACUUUGGAAUAA